UUCAACUUCUUGAACGCGCCUUCCGCAAUGAAUCAUGGGAAAUGCUUCGUCUUUGGCGGAAUCUUUAAACGUUUCAACAACUCCGUACUUAUGAUCGGAGAGAAAAGCACACUCGAAAACGACAAAUAACACAAGAAGAGCUCCGUGAUAUGAUGCAUUAUAAACCCCGUGAAUAAUCCAGCGACAUGGAGGGCAGAGGCAGCCAGGAACGAUGUGAAAUCGCUAAACUGACGCAGCUGAAAUCGAAAGUAAACAGACUGAGACGGAGCCCGAAAUCAGCAACGCAAAACCCCGCACGCGUCUGUCAGACAGCCGAGUUCAAAACACCUACACGUCCAGCGAGAGGUCAGUUCAGAAGAGUGAUACCUGAAGACUCCCCAAGCAGCGACCCAGAUUGUCAUCAGGACAUUAUAUGGGAUACAACGUCCCCAUCACCAAUCCGACAUGGUCGAGGGCAAAGGAGAAAUGUCCGAUUGGUGGAUAUAUCAGACAUUGCCAAUCGCAUCGCUCCGAAGAACGGUAGACUGGAGGAGGCAGACUCAUCUUUAAUGCAGUGGAUUGGGGACAGCGCCAUUCCCUGCACCCCAGAAGUGCAACAACCGAAAGUCAAGGCCAUGUCAACAAAACAGAGCACUGUAGAUGAUCUAAUGAGACUCGCCAAGCAGUUUGACUUCAACAUGAGGCAAGAUGAAGCCCAGGAACCACAUACAAAUGGACUGGGUUCGAAAAGUAAUGUGGCAAACUGUGGUUUUGCUAUAAAGAGUUUCCCUGUUGCUCCGGAAUCAAGUAAUGGAAAACCUGCAGAUGAGAGAGGACAAUAUCAAGACAUGGACGAUGAUCUCGAUUUUCUUUUCGACGGGCCGACCCAGCAGCUCAGCGGGCGUCUCAGUCAGAUGUCAGGCUGUCGUACUCAGGAGAAAAAAACCCUUGGUUCUGAAAAUGGUCCUUUGUCUGCUAACAUUAAACAAGUUAACAAUGCUAAUCAAUUUGAGGAUGAUUGGAACAACGACAGUUUUCUUGAGGACUCGCUGGUGUUGGAGAUGACGCAAAAUCCGGAUUUGUUCGCCGCUCCACGGAAUUGUUCGACACAAAAGCAAAACAUUGAUUUUAGCAUUAAAGCAUGUGGCAAUGCGAUGGCGCCCAAACCUCAAGAAACCAAAAAGGAUUUUAAAUGUAGCACAUCUCAAGGACAAAAAACAACACAUCGACAAACAUUUCAGCUGGAAACUUUUCAUUCUGGUCACCCGGUACAGGCAAAACCCUUGCAAAGAACUGGAAAUCAGGCUUUUGCUGUGACUAAGGCGUCGCCAGUUCCUCCAAGCCACAGUAACGUCAACCAGAACCAGCAUUACCAGCACAAGUCUGAAAUACGACAACUUCAAAUUCAGAAUUCGUCUAGUCUUAAGGCGGUUUCCUCAACACAAUUUCAACCAAGCGCCAAAGAGACGCUGCUGUCUACCAACUCCUGUACACCCAAACCCUCCCAUUCAAAGCCUACUUUCCUAAACUCUGUUGGUGUCAAACAAGAAGCAGUAGAUGCCAUUACUAGCGAUGUAUUAGAUGAAGACCUGGAUUCGUUUUUCGCAUCUGAUGACAUCUGGGAUGAGGGGGUCGAAGACGAUGACCUGUUUUGUGAGGCGUGUGAAAAUCUUGAGGUAUCUGGCAACCCUCCUCUCCAUGUGGAAAACCCGGCCGCAAAGACUAGCAAAACACAAAGUAAUGUUUCACAAAACAAGACGUGCAUCAGCUCUGAAAUGGCCAGUCAGCAAACAGUGUUUGCUCAUCCCAAGCCUCCCGCUUACGUCUCUACGUCCAGUGCAAACACAUCAGUAUCUCUUUAUAGGCCGAAAGCUCACGUUGUGCAUUCUGGACCUGCAGGACUCAACGUUAAUGUGUCACGUGAGACAGCGAGGCCAUCUGGCCCCACAAGUAAUGGACCUUAUAAAUUUACACAAGUGGGACGCUCAUCUGUGGUUCGCAUGCAGCAGGGUCACGAAAGGGGUGUGCUGGCGACCCUCCAAUCCGACGUGAGGAUAUCAGACAAUCAUCAGUUCAAGAAAUCAUACAGUCCCUCGAUCACGUCCGCACCGGUGGUCACCAAAGAGGUGUGUAACACAACAGCUGUGAAGUGCAGUGAUGCUGAGAUCGAGAGGAAGAAGCAGCAGGCCUUGGAGAGGCGAAGACUCAGGAUGAUGUCCAAUCAGAACCUCCGAGCUCCUAUCUGAUUCACGGUUAACAUGGAGAUGCACUAAAACCUUUUUAGUGGACAUGACGAGUUGGAUUAUGUCUACUGUACAAGCUAAUGUUCUGAUGUAAAAAAUUACAUUAUAAUUAACAAAACUUUACUUUGGGGAAUGUAAUUUUGUCGCAUCAUGCAGCUUGGUUGUAGACCAGGGUUUCUAAACCGGUCCCCCUAGUCUUGCACAUUUUGUAUGCCUGGUGUGUCAGAUGGGGUGAUCCUACAAAAUGUGCCAGUGCUCUGGAUACCAACUGCUCUGUAAAAUCUGAUUUAGGAUCUGUUUGGACGGCAUAGAACAAAUUGUGAUGCACAUGUUUAUUGAUCUUCUCUAUAGGUCUGGCCACCUCUGGUCUUUAUUUUAAAAAAUCAGGCCUUUUCAUGUCAGUUGUAUUUGUUUAUGUAUCUCUAUGUCGGUAUUGCAAUUCAUAUUUUCCUUCAAAUCUGGUUUCUAUAAUUUAAAAAUAAUUCUUAAAUAAAUUGUUCUUGUUCGUUUGUUUUUCAUUCACGAUGAUGUAGAGAAAUGUUUUAAAAGUAUAUUGUUUGAUUUUAUUAUAGAGUUUUUUUUGUACAUAUGUUAAAAUAAGUAUCCCAGAGUAUUAAAGUGAUUUAAAAGCA